AUGGGGCAGCAAUCGUUGAUCUACAGCUUCGUGGCUCGUGGCACGGUGAUUCUCGCAGAGUACACGGAAUUCACUGGAAACUUCACCAGCAUAGCUUCGCAGUGCCUCCAGAAACUCCCUGCUACUAACAACAAGUUCACGUACAACUGCGACGGCCACACCUUCAACUACCUCGUCGAUAAUGGCUUCACAUACUGUGUAGUUGCAGUUGAGGCUAUUGGUCGACAAAUUCCUAUUGCUUUCCUUGAACGAAUCAAGGAGGAUUUUACCAGUAGAUAUGGUGGAGGAAAAGCUGCAACAGCAGUAGCAAAUAGUCUGAACAAGGAAUUCGGGUCCAAACUGAAGGAGCAUAUGCAAUAUUGUGUGGAUCACCCUGAGGAGAUCAGCAAGCUUGCUAAAGUGAAAGCUCAGGUCUCAGAAGUCAAAGGAGUUAUGAUGGAAAAUAUUGAAAAGGUUCUUGAUCGUGGGGAAAAAAUAGAGCUUCUGGUGGAUAAAACAGAGAACCUGCGCUCACAGGCACAAGAUUUCAGGCAGCAAGGAACCCAGAUGAGAAGGAAGAUGUGGCUGCAGAACAUGAAGAUCAAGCUCAUCGUUUUGGGAAUCUUAAUUGCUCUGAUUCUCAUCAUUGUUCUAUCUGUUUGCAAUGGCUUCAAAUGCUGA